CCUCUCCAAGUUAGUCAGUAGUUGCCAGUGAACGUUCUCGAGUGCUGACUACCGAUUAUCGUCUACCGAUCGUGUCACGUGCUUUGAUUAAUUUUGUAUUCGUCUCUCGUCUUCUUUCUCUCCUCUUGUUCUUUAAAAUUCAAUUAUUCCCUACAGCAUCAAUUUAAAGGAGCGAGAGAAAAAAAAUUUUCCACAAACUUUCCUUUUUUCGCAAAAAAAAAAAAAAAAAAAAAAAUAUAUCUUUACCCAAAAAACAGGAAAAAAAAAUCCCAAAGACUUGAUUAAAUAUUAUUUGAACCAAUUUUUAGUGGUUUUUUUUCACAAAUAAUAACGGUGAAGGAAAAAUUGAUAGUGCUGGGAAUUAAUGGAUAUUUUUAUGCCAUGUAGAUAACAUUGUCAGUCGUUAACCAACGUUUUCAAAAGAGUGAAUUCUAGUGGAAACGAUCUUCAAUUAAAAUAGAAAAAAAAGGAAAGGAAAAGAAAAGAAAAAAGGAAAAUCGAACACGAAAGAAGUGAAUCAGAACGUGCUGAAUGUGUAUAGUGAAAUGUUUUUUGUCUUUAUUUUCUAAGAAAGAAGAAUAAGGAUAGUGAGGAGGGAAACUAAGGGAGAUAUCGAAAGGAGUUGAGGAAAGUUUAAACAAGAAAAAUGGAUAAGUACUACCUCACAGUUGGAAUGGGACUACUCUGUCUUUGCAGUGGAGUAUUGCCACAAUUCAGGGAGAAAAAUAUCAGCGCGGAGACCGAUGCAGUUCAGGCCCUAUUGGCGCGUUAUCUGCAACGACGUCUUCAGGGUUCACAAUUUUCCACACCCCCACCGCCGGCCGUUCUCUUCAGUACAAAUCAUCAACAACGCUUGCGAACAGCGCCACAAAAAUUUCUCAAUUCUCAAGAAAAUAAUGACGAUCUCUCGAAAGAACAUCGAGAUCGUAGGGACGAUUACGACGAUUAUGAGGAUGAUCUUCAGGGCUUUGAAGACAGUGCCAAAAGUAGAACCAGAAUCGAUCUUCUAGCCGAUGAGUGUCCAAAUUGUGUGGAUGAGAAUGUGGGUAACUUGGCAGUUUCGAGAUGGACGAUGCCGCUUUUGAAACUAGGCGAGAAACGAUAUUACCUGGGGAUCUUCUUCAAGGCCAAUUGGUACAGAGCAUCACAAUACUGUCGCUAUCAUGGAAUGCAUUUGGCGAGUAUUUCCUCUCAGGAAGAAAAUGACAGGUUAGAGAAGCACAUAAAAGAUUUUGGACUCGCUAAUGAACAUUUUUGGACAUCCGGUACCGAUCAGGGUGAGGAGGGAAUUUUCUUCUGGAUGGCGAACGGUCGACCAAUAACAUUCGAAAAUUGGAACGUUGGCGAACCCAAUAACUUCCGGUACGAGAAUGGUGAGGAGGAGCACUGUUUGGAAUUAUGGAACAGGGAUGGAAAAGGUUUAAAAUGGAAUGACAGUCCUUGCAGUUUUGAAACAUAUUUUGUUUGCGAAGUUCAGUGAAUGUGAUUUUGAGAAAAAAAAAAGAAUGAAAACAAAAAACUAAAUAUACGCUCAAACUAAAUCAAAGAAUGUUUUGCGAAA